CUAAAAUUUCUGCGCUACCCAGCGUCCACAUGGUUUCCCUUAACAUAAUUACACACACAAGGCUCUUUGAAGUGUACACAUGAUAAAAGAACAAGCCAUUAUUAAAUAAAUAUCAGGUAUUGCUGCAGGGCGAAGCGUGUCAGGAUGGUACUAAUUAACUAGAUUGCUAAGAAGUGUUCAGGUGCGAUUCAUAACAGGGUACACGAGGACAGCUAUAGUGCCCCGGAUAAUCGGAUAAUACGUUUGUACGGAAGCCGGUAGCGGCGGGUUGAUAUCAGUCCGCCGUUCUCGGCCGCAUUGAUAUCAAUAGAAUACAAAUUGUAGCGCACGUUAGCACAAUGGCCCAACAAAUUUUCUCGCGCCCCUAAAAAGGCGAUAUAUAUAGGCAUUUAUAUCAAUCGCUUCUUGCAAUUCCAGACGUGCGGACACAGGUACACGUUCUGGUGUAAUUCACAUCAUAGACGGCUCAAAAACUGAAAUGUUACCGAGGAAAGUUGAUAUUUGGCGCUUGCGUAUAUACGUUUGGCACGUUACUUACAUAUGGUUUUUUCUGGUAUCGUGACGAUGGACAACGCUCAUUCUGAACUUGCUCUGUUGAUUAUUCAACUUCACUGUAACGGAGUGAUUUUCAGAGACAUGGUACAGGUGGUGGAAGAACGUCUUCACCAGAGCCUAUCUGUCGAUCAACUCCGUCGACUGUGUAAGAAGUUAAACUUACACCGACGACGAAAUUCCGCUUCUAUGGAUAAGGUGGAGGCCAUAGUGAAGGAAGAGAAAGAAACCUCAGGAGCAAACUUGGGUUACCGCUCUCUCUGGAAGCGCUUGCUUGUGAAGCACAAAUUGCGUGUUCCAAGGGAUGUUGUCAUGAAAUUGAAUAGACAAAUCGAUGGAGAAGGUGUUAAGCUAAGGAAGGCUGGAAAACUAAAACGAAGGAAGUAUUACAAUAAAGGACCGAAUUAUGUAUGGCACCUUGAUGGUUAUGAUAAAGUGAAGCCAUUUGGCAUAUGCAUACAUGGUUGUAUUGACGAGUAACAAUUAAUAUGUUAUCAAUUACUCGC